AGUUUUUUGAUAACCUGCGUGAUUUCUCUGUUAGUUGUUUUUGUGUUGUUCUCUUCACCGCCGUCAGAAAUGGAAAUCUCCCGAGAUCAAGAUCUGUGGUUUGGGGACAACCUUUCUAGGGUUUUCAUCUUCCGGAUUUGAGUUCACGAUCCGUGGUUUCAAGAUCUGAAUCUGAUUAUUUUUAAAGGCAACGCUUCAUUGACGAAGCAAAUAAAGAGGCUAGUCGAGUUGAUUUCGAUUGGGGGAUUUGUGUUGCACUAUUCUGACUUUGAAGAUCUGUUUUUUCACAUCUUCUGCCGCGCCUUCCAUGAAUAAAUUGAUGGUUUCUGGUCAAGUGCGUAUUCCAGUACAUUGAAAUCUGGAGUAGAUCAAGAUCUCGUUGUAGAGAAUGAUUUUAUUUUGACCAUUCCGAAACUAUCCUCUUUAGAUGGUCGUUGUUUACAGUGGUCUCCGAUUAACCUGAUGAAGGCUGCAUGGAAAAGAGGCUACACAUAGAAAGAAUUAAACUCGGGCUUUUACUUUUCUUUCUUUAACUUUAGAGUGUCGUUGAGGAUUUAAUGGAUGCGGAGAUUGCCUCAAAUUUCAACAAAUUUGCUACGAGAAUGUGGAAUGUUUCCUAUUCUUUUAUAUGUUUACAGCGCCUCUUAGAUCCAAAACCUAGUAAAUGCUGGUAGUUUCCUCAUUUAAGUGUUGCUUGCAGAUGAGUUAAACCUGCAUUGGUCGAUUAACUGGGUCUGUGCCGAUGAGUAAUGAAGACUCUCUAAAGCUAAAGCCCCAUUAGAUCCUUCCUCUUCUCAUCAUAACCAUAUGAAGAAUGCAAGCUAUCAUUUAUGAAGGGAUCAGUGGCCAUACAAACCCUUUAAGCCCAUCUUUGUCCUGAGUUCUUAUGAUGCUACUUUUGAUCUACAAUGUAUUUGCUUAAAUGAAACAAGUCUCUCCUGUUUUGAUUGCCUGCAAUUAUUGGCCUUAAUUGAGCUCAUACCUGUGGAUGCCAGAAGAUCAAAGAAACUUCAACCGAUGACUCGCUUGUGCAGUUGAUCGAAGACAGUGGUAUACAACUUUGGGGUUAAAUUGGAAAAAGAAAUAAGGUUGUGAAGAAAACCUUUGGUUGUGGAUUCUUUGUUGAUGGGAUAGAGCCCAUACCUGCAAAAUGCUUAGCAGUGUGGGUCUUGAAGUUAUGAACUCCAGCAAUCCAGAGUUAAAUUGGAAUACAGUGACGAAAGGAAGGCGCUCCAGGAAGUCGAUAGCUAGAAGCUUGAAUGGUGUUGCAAAAGUAAGCAAUUCUGCUAGCCCGAAAAGGGUUGGAGAUUUUUCUGGCUCUGAUUCUGACAAGUUUGGUGAAGCUGUUCUUGGACAAUCAACUUCUGGUAAGUCAGAGAGUGUUCCAAUCAAGAAAAGAAGACAUUUACUUCAAACUCCAUUACCUCACUCUUGGACUCCCUCCUUGCGCCGCCAAGGUUCUCUCUCGCCACGAACUCGUUCUUCUUCACCAUUUUCUGAAGACCAAGAGCAACUUCCAUAUCGUAAUUGCUCCUCAGGUCAGAGGAUCUCCAACUGGCAAUUAAGAGGAGUUGAUGGGUCGACAAAAGUUAGAUUUGGUGGAGGGUUUGAUAACAUCUUCCUGUGUGACCGAACAGGACAUGGAUAUACUGAUGCUGGGGACUUCUCUGGUAUUGAACUUCUGGCAGCUGCUGCUAGCAUGGAUGAUGAUGCCGAUAAUGCUAAGGAAGACGUUCUUGUUGCAGGAGAUUCUUUAAUGCCAAGAGACCCAGAUGCCUCCUCUUCAGCUGCAUAUUAUAAACUAGGUUUACAUGGUAAUGAAUCUCAGAACUCCUUGAGUAAUGCAACAGUGGGUGGAGGUAAUACUGGCUGCCCUGUAGCCUUGAACAACUCUGCUGCUGGUUUGCAUAGCACGUCUGGAAGCCCAGAAGAGGGGACAAUGCCAAAGGUAAACAGACAGCAUUGGGAUUUAAACACCCUGAUGGAUGCUUGGGAUGAGCCGUAUGAUAAUUCAAAUGCUGGAAAUACCUUAAAGGAUGUUGAUGAUAUGCAUAUGGAAGAGAGGCAGAAGGUUCCUGGGAAUCAUAUACUUUCUAAUUCAGAUGGCACCGAAGAUGAGUCGUCAAACCUGAAAAUAGAAGAAAAUAAGUCUACAACAGUUUCGCCAGAUAGAACCAGCAGCAAGCUGCCCGCCCUUGAGGAACAUUUAUUGGAACCACCAAAUAGUUCUAAUUCCAAAGCUGCUGAAGAGAUGUUUGAUCCGAAGGGAAAUGCUGUUGAGAGGAACCCAGAUCAAGUUUUAAGCUGUGAUGCUCAUAAGCAGGCUUCGAAUCAAGUUAUAAGCACAGAUGCUAUUCAUGAUAGUUCUCCUUUUGCUAAGCAGUGUUGCUCCUCUGGCAUGACUUCUGUAGAAAAUAUCAGCACUCUGUCGAGACCUGUUGCUAUAACACAGGAUGAAGAUUGUUCCAGUAAUGUUAGCGAAUGUGAGAGAACUACAGCUUUUGAUAUGAUUCAGACAGUGGCUCAAGAUGUUGCCACGAAUGAUGUACCAGCCAGUGACCUAUCUGAAUCUGUGAGCAACGUCCAGCGUCAAAACACUAAAGAUUUUCAGAACGCCUCUGAACUGCAUGGCACUUUUACUCAAGACGGUCAGUCUGUCCUAAUUGAUGAUUCAAAGAGUCAGAACAGCGGAACUUUUGCCUCUCGUUCUGCAAGAGCUGAUUGUCAGGGGAAUGUACAACCGUCUGAACUUGUUGUCAAGCAGGAGGAUAAUAUCCUUCCUGAUGAAGGAUCAAAGGGGAUUGCAAUGGAAGACUCGUGCAAGAGUAGUAGUGCUGGAGCACAAUGUGAUGACCCCACAACUUCUGUUGGAAAGAUUAGUUCGGCUAUUGAGGCCCAACAUGAGUCUGAUCUUUCUCAGGAUAACCACUUUCACAUGGUUGAUGGAGAUGACUUGGCUAGGUUCCAGGAAGGGUAUGAUUCUCCAUACGAGGAUGGGGAGUUGAGGGGUUCAUUUUUGUAUUCUUGGGAGGAUAAUGAGUUGGAAAAUGAGUGUGUCGACUAUGAAUCUGAUGGAAGAAACGGAGAUGGUUCUGAUGCUGCUGAUUACCCUGGGUCCGAGAUUAUUGAAGGUUGUUCUGGGGGUUCUGAUGGCACUCAAAGGAGAAGUUUGUUGGCGAAAAGAUUGCCAGAAGGCACAGGGAUUAAGAGUGUUCCUAGUAAAGAUUCUGUGAGGAGACAUUUUGUGAAAGAUGACUCUGAAAAUAACGAGAUAGCAGGAAGGGGAUCGAAUGCAGGUUCUGGUACUACAGUUGAGCAGGCAGUGGGAAUGGUUAUCGAGGAAAAUGAUGAUGGCAUCAAUAGGAGACAGCUGACGGACCGAAGAGAAGCAGUUGAUUUUAAAGUAACACAAAUGGACGACUAUGCAUCAAAGACUGGCAGGGGAAAGCUUCAAUCUCGUAUUGAAGGACGGUCAUCUAUGGAUGCAACUGAUGAGAAGGAUCUUCUCUUUGUAGAGCAAUGCAGGUCACGUCGCCUCGGCGGUUCAUAUUCUCGGACUGAAAGGGAUACGAGUCCUGACAAACACUUGGGUAGAUAUAGAUCAACCACUCAUGGUGAAAGAGAUGGGGUUCAUCACUGGACAUCAUGGGGUUCAAGAAGGCGAUUUGCCCCAAGUUAUGAGGGAGCGGAGGGUCGUAGCCACACCAGGCCAAGAGGUAUAGCUGGUGAUUCUGCAGAUAAGAUUGGUGGAUUCGGCUAUAAUGAUCCGAGGCAAACUGCUAGUUAUUUGUCAAAAGGCUUGCAUAGGCCCCUUGUGAGGAGAUCACCAGUGGACAGGGAUGGUUAUUUUGUUGUGCGGAGAAGAGUGCCCCCAACACGAGGAGUCAGCAACUAUAGAAGCAGGGGACAUUAUUCACAACGUGCGGGUAGAGAUUUGGGAGAAGAUUUUGACCCUCUCCCUGAUGAUGCUGGAGCAUCUGUUCGCUUGCCACGUUAUCUAUCGAGGAGAGAACGCAGCUUUUCUCCAGGUUCUGGUAGAAGUGCUCAUAUGCCGUUACCCCGCAGGAGAUCUCGUUCAAGAUCCAGAACACGUUCCCCCAGGGCAUGGCAUUCCCACAGGGAACGCUUCUUGGGUACUAGAAGGCACAGCAGGUCUCCAGAUUUCAGGUCUGACACGAGGGUGGAGAGAGUGAGGAUUCCCUUUUCAAAACCUACUUUUGCAUCCGAUUUUGGAGAGGGUUACAUAUCCCCAUCAAGAGGUCACUUCUCCCCACAACGGAACAGUCGAUGGGUUGAUGAUCGAACUUUUGCAGAUAACCAUUUAAGGCGCAGGAGAUCUCCGAUGAGAGUUUUUAGGCGCACCCAGAGGUUUGAUAGUGUUGGUUCUUCUGGACGAUUGAAGUCAGAUGAAUACUUUAGACCCAUGAUUCGUCCUGGAAGAUUCUCUUUCAUGGCCAAUGGUGGUAGAGAAUGCAAAUUAGAAUCCAAUUACGAUGAUAGAAGGCGUGAUGACAGUAGUGAGGUGAUGCAUCGAGGACUGCAUUCCGAUGAAGGUGGAAAUGUGAGGCGUUUCCGGCAUACAGCAGCAGAUGAUUUUGAGACGAGCAACUUGAAUAAUGAUGAUGAUGUCCGAGUUACUGACCCAAGGGAUGUGCCUCAGACUCAGGGUGAUAGGGAAGAUAAGAGAGCAUAUAAGAUCUGAUUGACUGUGGUGGUGUCUGGUAGAAGGUAGAUUAUGAGGAGCAUCAACAAAGAAGAGACUGAGCAUGGCUUUUGUGCUCUUUUCUUCUUGGGUUGGUGGCUGGUCUUAGGUAGGAAUUCUAUACCAGUUGAUGAACUUUUUUUUUCCCGUUUUUCAACCAAGUAGUUGUCGUCUAAGGUUAAUUUUUCUGAUUAUUUUUAUUGGUUCAAUAUUUUGGGAAGAGGCUGCGUUUGGCGGCCGUGUUGUUUUUGUUCCCCUUUGGUCGUUUUUAUUGUAUAUCCUUGGAAGAAAAGGCCGUUGGUGCAAUGCCUUGAGAGUUAAAAGCUCUUUUGCCUUGGCAAGGCCGUGUUUUUGUGGCAACUUGCAUCUGGAUCUCGGAGUUCAAUGCAGUAAAAUCUUUGUGAUUGUGUAA